CCGCCCCCUGCCAGCUCAGGCAGGGCUCGCCUGGGAGGGGACCACACGAGACGAAUUAGCGCAACAGUUAGUGUCACUUCAUUAGGUUCAGAGCUAAAACUGUCGAGCUGAUAGGUGAUGCUGGGGGUGGUAGGAAUGACGGGCAGCAUGGCCAAUGCCCUGGCCCAUGCGGCCUGUGAGCGAUGCAAGAGUGGCUUUGCUCCGACUGAGAAGAUUGUCAAUAGUAAUGGGGAGCUGUACCAUGAGCAGUGUUUUGUGUGUGCCCAGUGCUUCCAGCAGUUUCCAGAGGGACUCUUCUAUGAGUUUGAAGGAAGAAAAUAUUGUGAACAUGACUUCCAGAUGCUCUUUGCUCCUUGCUGUCACCAGUGUGGGGAGUUCAUUAUCGGUCGUGUCAUUAAGGCCAUGAACAACAGUUGGCACCCUGACUGCUUCUGCUGUGACAUUUGCCAGGCUGUGCUUGCAGACGUGGGAUUUGUCAAAAAUGCUGGCAGACACCUUUGUCGUCCGUGCCAUAACCGCGAGAAAGCUCGUGGCCUGGGCAAGUAUAUCUGCCAGAAGUGCCAUGCCAUCAUUGAAGAGCAGCCACUGAUCUUCAAGAAUGAUCCUUAUCAUCCAGACCACUUCAACUGCAACAAUUGUGGGAAGGAACUGACAGCAGAUGCCAGGGAACUGAAGGGAGAGCUUUUCUGUUUGCCGUGCCACGACAAGAUGGGUGUACCAAUCUGUGGUGCCUGCCGGAGACCCAUCGAGGGGCGUGUUGUCAAUGCCAUGGGCAAGCAGUGGCAUGUGGAGCAUUUUGUGUGUGCCAAGUGUGAGAAACCUUUCCUCGGUCAUCGCCAUUAUGAGAGAAAGGGGUUGGCUUACUGUGAGACUCAUUAUAACCAGCUCUUUGGCGAUGUGUGCUAUCACUGCAACCGCGUGAUUGAAGGCGAUGUUGUGUCUGCUCUCAAUAAGGCCUGGUGUGUCAGUUGUUUCUCAUGCUCCACCUGCAACACAAAACUCACUCUCAAAAACAAGUUUGUUGAGUUUGACAUGAAGCCUGUCUGUAAAAAGUGUUACGAGAAGUUUCCCCUGGAGCUCAAGAAAAGGCUCAAGAAGCUGGCUGAGUCUUUGGGACGCAAGUGAGCUGCUUCAGGCCAAACAACCUGCAAGUACUGUAUUCCUGCUAUGUCUGCGAUGGUAAAAUAUCCAGGAAAACUGCUGCUUUAUGAUAAAAGAGCCUGGCAUUAUACCAUUACAUCAACAUUACAAAUCAGGGAUCCAUUUGAAAAAUAUAAAUAUACCACUGUGGUCUUGUCAUAGAUGUGCCUGUUAGCAGAUAUUUUUUUCUGUCUUGCUGUUUUUUUUAAUACAUUAAUAUUUCUUCUUUUUUUCUUUUUUUUUUUAAUACAUUCCUAAAUUGUCCAAAUUUGUUAUUCUCUCCGAGCCAAGAAAUGUGAUGUCUGAAUUUAUUAUGACUUAACUAUGAGCAUAAUUUUUAACUGCUGUGUCUAAAAACCUCUUAAAUUUGAAAAGAUUGUCUUGGAUUUACACUUUUACCUGAAAUAUAUGAACUAUGUGUCUUAAAAUGUAACAUACAUAUAGUUAUAAUACAGUUAUGCCUUAGUCUAGCUAUCUUAAUUAGACAAAAAUAUCUACUGAAAGAAGAAUGUUACUAGACUUUUCAUCUUUUGAGCUUUCAUACCUCAGUGUGAGUAAUUACAAAGCAACCACAGAAUACUGUAAUGAUGUCUCUUGCUAAGAGAUGUUAAAUGUGUGGUAGAAGUUACAAUGUAAUGUUUGGAACUGUUCGCUUCUGGUGUUUCUUGUCACUCUUCUAUCAGCCUGGUACGACAGAUGAAUAUUCCAGAGGUAGAUAUAUUCAGACUUUCAGUAUAUACUGUAUGCUUUCAGCGUGUAUGGAAGUGUAAUGUUAUUGCUUGCACUGUAAAUGUUUGGGGUUUGUCCCUCUGAUAUUUUUAGCCAAAUUAACAGAGGGAAACAGUUCAAAGGAGUGUAGAUGAAAUGAACCUUCUGCUGAUUAUUUAACAUCAGAACACUUUGAUGUUAAAAUAUCAUUAAUGAGUCAGCACAUUGCCUGGGCUGUUUGUAGACAGGCAAACGUAUUUAGAAAAAAUGGGAAGUGACAUUCAACAGAAAAUUUUAUUUGCUUGGAUGAGCAUUUUUAUUAUGGAACGCUUUUGCAUACAUUUCAUUUGUCAGAGUUUACAUUUUCUUGAUUUGCAUGAAAUGGCGAAUUACAGUUUACUGCAGCACAUACACAGUAUUUAGUUUUCUGCUGAAUAAUCAAUAAAGUUUUCCUAAACACAUCACAGUGAAUUUCAAUUGACGAAAUACGAAAUAUACCUUUAAUGUCUGCCCAGGCUCUGAAAUAGAUAUUAGCCUACUAUGUCUCUGUAACAUAGUCAUGUUCACAUCCUUAACUUUUCAAUUAAUAUUCUCUGACUUGGACCAUGAAAGAGUUUAGCUUUUUGACCCUUUUAGCAUGCAUUCAUGAGCAUAAGCUCAUCACUCACCUUACAAACACUCCACAAUAAAGUUACAGUAAAAGUUACAUACAACAUUAAAAACAUGCAAAGAGUCAAACCAAGAAAAAAAAAUGUCUUAAACCUACAAUCACAUGCUGUUUUGUGCAUGAGUGAGACUCACAGUGAACUAUAAUAUGCAGUAAAUCAUUAAUGGAACACCCAUUAGUUUGGAUAAAUAUCUUCAUUUGCAUGUCACAGUUGGGUAGCAAAGGUAGAGUGAAUGACUGAAAACAGCCUCUGGAGCUUCUCGUUUUCCAAGAAAAAGGCUGUAUAAUAUGUACCAUAACAUUUUAAUAAAAACUGAAAUGGGUUGUUAAGGCAAUGGUAAAACAAUGGUUGCUUUGUAUGUUGAUGUGUUUCACAGCUUUUUAUCUUCCUCAUCCUUUUCUGUUUGCCACAUUUACUUUGACAGAGAAAUCAAACUGUUGUUUCGUAAUAAGCCCUUUUCACAGCAGACACUUUGACUUGUCGAAGUAGGAAAAGCACAAGGUCUAUUAAUAGCAUAAACAAUAGCUCUGUGCUGUUCAAUUGUCCCCGUAAGCCAUGGCAGUGUGACAGUGACUGAACAUGAACAAUACCAGGACCCUGUAACUGAAGCCACUAAACAGAAUUCAUCCAUCAUUCAUUUUACGAUUUACACUGACCACCACAUGUCAAAAUGUCCUCAGUGAAAAAAGCCUAUAUGGAGAAAAUGUGAUGCAUGAAAACAGAUGUGCAAUGAUCCAACCAAGUUUGAAUCAUAAAUGACUGGACAUGUAGGUGACACUAGCGCUAUCAUAUAGUUGAAUAUUUACAUUUUUUAGUGUUUUGCUAACA